AUGUCCGCCGAAAUCCUCGUCACAGGGACCUGCCAAUGCGGCCGCGUAAAAUACACCUCCACAUCCCUCCCCAGAGACCUCAGCAACUGUUAUUGUCUUUGCUGUCGUCGUCUCUCAGGCGGUCCCUUCCAAACCUCCGGCGAAUUCCCCACCGAAUCUGUAACCUUCACCACCGGCACAUCAAGCAUGCGCCAAACCUCCUAUAGCGAGAUCGCAGACCGGCAACACUGCGCUGAAUGUGGGAGUCAAAUUAGCAUGCAGUACAAAUGUGAGCCUGAGAUUAUAUAUCUGACGGUUGGCACGUUUGAGAAUGUGAAAGGCGAGUUGCCGCCGGUGGGAAGACAUAUUUUUGUGGGGACGGGGAAGGUCGGAGGGUAUUAUGAGAUUCCGAGGGAUGGGGUGGUGAGGUAUGAGAGCCAUAGUGAUGGGUUUGAGAAGAGGAUUGCGGAGUGGAAGGAGAAGAAUUUGGGAGAGGGGAGGGGGUGA